UUUCCAUUUGGCUUUUUUACUUUUCUAUUAUCAGUCAAAAUUGCAAAAUCCAUAAAAAAAUAAGAGUAAUUAUUACUUUGUACUAAGCAAGCAUAUAAAUACCGGAAACUCUCUUAUCUAUAAAUUGCAAUACUCUUACAUUUCCUUCUCCAGUCUUUACUUUAGAAUACAGUAAACAGCAUGAAUAUCAACAAGGCAGCUUCAUUUUUACUUCCUUUGGUGUUUUUCUUGGCUUUAUCCCAAGAAUUUGUUAAUGGGCGCCCUCUUAUACUUUCACUGACCAGACCCAAGCCAGAUGAUGCUGCCCUCUUUGCUCGUUGGCUUGUUUCUCAGAGUUCUUGGGGUGUUCUUAAUACUAUAGCAAGUGAUAUGGGAGGAGCACCGUUCGGGAAUGUUGUCUCAUUUAGUGAUGGGUUACCAGACAAAGGUCGUGGCAUACCGUACUUCUACUUAACAACUCUUGAUCCCACCGCUAGAAAUGCAUUAAAAGACCAGAGAUCAUCACUUACAAUCAGUGAAUACGCCAUUGGCAGUUGUGGAAAGACAGAUCCUGAGAACCCAUCUUGCGCCAAAAUUACCCUCAUAGGAAAGUUGAAGUUGCUUAAUGGAGAUCCGAAGGAAACUAGCUUUGCUCAAACUGCUUUAUUCACAAAACACCCUGAGAUGAAAGGUUGGCCCAAGGGUCACAAUUUCCAGAUCUUCAAAAUAGAGAUUGAAGAGAUAUUUAUGAUCAACUGGUUUGGCGGUCCCAAACCUCUUACUGUCGAUCAGUACUUGCAGGCUAAAAUGGAUAGUCGCACGGCCAUUGCAUGAAUGCCCUUUACAUAUACAAUCUGCAGACAUGUUCUUUGCAACUGAAGCUUCCACAAUGGUUUAUAUAAGAGAAAAAGAAACAGCUGUAAAUAGGAGAUACUUGUUAAGCUCAAUAUCAUUCAUUCAUAUAUGCAUUGGCCAAAAUGUAUGAUUUCUUCCAACAUUCAUUGUGAUUCUGACUUGUAAAUUAUGAAAGUUGUAUGCGAAUAAUGGGAUGCAGCAUCCUUUGAAGCCAACUGAAGUCCCUCUUGGAGCGCCGUGUGUAAAGAAAAUAGAGCAUUACAGUAUUUAUGGAAGCCUAAAUUCCACUUUC